AUGGCUCCUAAAGCGGCCCAGAAGAAGAAGUCGGUCGACGCGGAGGCCAAGGCAGAGGAGCCCCCCGCGAAGAAGGCGAAGGCCGAGGAGGAGGCGGAGGCGGCGACGAAGCCUCCUGAGCCCGAGGAGAAAGAGAAGGAUGCCCCGAAGGCGAAGGGCCCGACACUCGAGAAGACGGUCGGCUUCGAUCCGAGCGGCUACUCCCUGAACGUGCUGCCCACCAUGGGAGGCACCAUGCUCAUGUCGCUGUCGGAUGGUGGUACGCAAUUCCUCCUGGGCGGCGCCCGCGCCAACGUCGGCCUCAAGGCGGGACGCUACCUCUACGAGGCGAAGGUUGUGGAGGUGCUGAGCCCCGACGAGGGCAAGCAACACCACGGGCAGAAGAGCAAGAUGUGGGGAAAGCAGAUGAUCCGUGUGGGCUUCUCCACGGAGGGCUCGUCGCUCAUCCUCGGCGACGGAGACGACUGCAUCGGCUUCGACGGGGACGGCUCCUUCCUCGCGGACGGGAAGAAGUCUCCGCCCAAGCACGCGAACAAGUUCUGGCGCGAGAAGGUCGUCGGCUUGCUCCUCAACCUGGACCCCACGAGCGAGAACGCCAACACCGUCAGCCUCUUCAAGGAUGGCGUGCGGGUCACCGAGCCGAUGCCGUUGCCGGACAAGCUCAAGGGCAAGCCCCUCUUUCCGCAUAUCACCUUCCGCAACGUGACGGUGCAGACAAACUUCGGCCCCAAUCCGAUGAAGCCCCUGCCCUUCAAGUGCCUCAUGGUGCAGGGCGCCUCGGCAGCGGACACCAAGGCGGCGGCAGCUCCCGCGGAAAAGGGCACGGUGGUGUUCCCGGUGGGCAUGCCGGACGAGGGCACAUUCGAUGUGGUGGAUGCCUUUCUCGAGAAGAACCCUUCGUACACCGAGCUCAGCGACCGCAAGGUGCUGGAGUGGGCGAUCAAGAGCGGGGCGUGGAAGGGCAACAGGGUCGCCUCCAACGACAAGCCGCCCUUCGACUUCGGCAUGGAGAUGCUCGACAACAAAAGCGCCUGCCGCGUGAUCGGCUCCAUGGCCCCCUGCGUUCCCCGCGACUACGUGUUCAUGGAGGUGAAGGGGAACCUGUGCCCAGAGGAUCGGAAAGCCAACCUGCAGAAGUUCAGCUCUGCCAAGUUCAAGAGGGUCGCCAGGGUGGCCAUGGGGAAGCCUCCGAAGGAGUACAUCGCGAGGGUGCACAAGACCCUGCUCGAGCAGAAGCAGGCGAAGCUGGAGCUGGAGUGGAACAAAAGGAAGGCCGAGAAGGCGAAGCAGAAGGCUUUCAAGCUGAAACAGAAGGAACUCGCUGAAAAAAGGAAGAAGGCAGAGGAAGAUAAGAAGAAAAGGGAGGAGGAGGCCAAAGCCAAGAAGGAGGAGGAAGCCAAGGCCAAGAAGGCGGCUGAGGAGGCCAAGAAAACGGAAGCAGAGGGUGAGAAGAAGGAGGAAGCAACGAAGGGGGAAGAGACCAAGGAGGCGGCCAAAGAGGAGCCCAAGACGGAGGAGGCCAAGGAGGAGCCCAAGACGGAGGAGGCCAAAGAGGAGCCCAAGACGGAGGAGGCCAAGGAGGAGCCCAAGGUCGAGGAAGAGGAGGAGGAGCCCGACGAGCCGAUGCCCGUGGCUGAGCUCACCGAAGAGGAGAAGGCGAUGGUUUGCGGAUUUUCAAGCCUGUCAUCGUCAGCGACCUGGCUCCCAAGGUGCUCUCCAGCUCGUUCGGCAAGUUCUCGCUUCCCGAGAAGAGCGAGGGCUUCGAUGAGAUCAUCUUCGAGUGGGAGAAGGAGGCGGCCUGCGCGAAGUACCUGA